ACAAUUUUCCUGGAGCACACGAAUCCUUCACGUUCCCUAGAUGUCACAACAUUAAUGUGUGACUGAGAUGUAGUCUCAUACAGUCACUGCAAACAUCAUGAUGUAUACCAAGGUACUGACUCUGCUCAGCUCACAUCCACUGCGGAGGCUUCCAUCACAGACGUGUUUCACCUGUUUUACGUCUAUCCAGAGGGACAGGAGGGAUUACACUACAGGUUCACUUGCAUCAGGAUCAUGUUAUAUCAGUACAAACUUUCAGAAACAGAGAAGAGGUUUCUUACACAUCCCUCUUUAUGGAAUUAACAACAAAAGAUCCUUCAGCCUGAGUCCUGCAGGGAUCGUCAAUGCUGCUCCAGCAUCUGUUCAGCCCUACCUUCGCUUAAUGAGGUUGGACAAACCUAUUGGGACAUGGUUGUUGUAUCUGCCGUGUACAUGGAGCAUCGGGCUGGCGGCGAACCCGGGCUGUCUGCCUGACCUACACAUGCUUGCACUGUUUGGGACCGGAGCUCUGCUGAUGAGAGGAGCUGGCUGCACCAUUAACGACAUGUGGGACAGAGACUUCGACAAGAAGGUGUCCCGGACAGCCAUGCGGCCUAUAGCUGCAGGACAGAUCUCUCAGUUCCAAGCACUGGUGUUCCUGGGAGGCCAGUUAAGCUUAGCACUGGGGGUUUUGCUGUGUCUCAACUAUUACAGCAUAGCCCUUGGUGCCGCCUCAUUAUCGCUAGUCGUCACCUACCCAUUAAUGAAGAGAAUAACGUACUGGCCUCAACUUGUCUUGGGUCUUACUUUUAACUGGGGAGCUUUGCUCGGCUGGUCAGCUGUGAUGGGAUCGUGCGAUUGGUCCGUGUGCCUGCCUCUGUAUUUCUCUGGCGUCAUGUGGACACUGAUUUAUGACACAAUCUAUGCCCAUCAGGACAAAGAGGAUGAUGUUAAGUUAGGGGUGAAAUCAACAGCUCUGAGGUUCCAGGAACACACUAAGCCAUGGCUGAGUGCCUUCACUGUCGCUAUGCUGUCUGGAUUAAUACUGGCAGGCGCUAAUGCAAACCAGACGGUCCCAUACCACGUGGCUGUGUCUGCAGUUGCUGUUCAUCUAGCACAACAGGUUUAUUCUUUGGACAUCAACAAGCCUGACGAUUGCUGGAAGAAAUUCGCCUCCAAUCGUAAUUUAGGACUUCUCUUAUUCUUAGGAAUAGUUUUUGGCAAUUUGUGGAAGCGAAAUGAUAGCCAGAAAGAAACUAAAUAAAAUUUCCUUCCUAAUGUAAUUAAGGGAAAAAAUGGUUAUCUAUAUGUAAAUAGGAAUUUCAUUUAGUACUCAUUUAAAACAUUUAUUAAAUUUUAAACAUGA